CUCCUUACUACAACUGCUGCGAGAGCAUGGAUACCACGAAGGCGAUCAAGAAGAAGCUGGUUUUCCUCGCCACGUACCUGAGCUCCUCCUGCAAAAUGAAGAUGAUCGUGCGCACAGGACAAGGCAUGAGCUGCCUCCAGAUGAGCACGCACAAGGACCAGCCUCUGCCUCUGCGUCUUCUUAAGGGGAUAUUAACAAUUAACAAUAACUACAGGAUGUGAUUGAGAUUGUGAAAGGAUGAAGAGAAUGAACCAAUGAAUUAGGCUGUGCUCGUGAGGACAUCUUCUAAUCUUCGUGUUCUACUCUGCCAACAAAAAAUAAGCCUGGCGGUGAUUUUUCGCUUCGUGCCUAUUUGAAAAGUGGAGGCAGGAGCUCUUCCUCCAAUAAAGGGCGGAAAAAAAAACCGAGUACUACACCAAAGAAGAUUAAGGCUCUUCGCAAGAAUUCUUGUUCUAAUUGUCAUUUACAACUGUAGUCUACUUCUCACAGGUCAUACAUUUUUCUCUUCUGAAUUUGCCCAUUUCUUGGGGUCGUUCAGUAGAAGUAGUCUCUGAGAAAAUGCACAUAGGUGACGAAAUGAAUUGUUUUCGUGAUGGGCACCAGGUCUUCUAAAAAGAGGAUGAAGAAAAAGAAUAAUGAGCAAGAGGGGUUUAUUUCUUCCAAAGUAGUAGAUGUAGAAGUAAAACAAAACCAGCAGAAAUGUUUUCCUGUUGAAAGGAACUCUCCUCUCUCGAAAGAAUCGGACUCGGCAAAACUGCAGAAAUAAGUGGACAGGCUACUUGUAUGCAGUCGUCCGCGGAAGAACAGGACGAACGCAAGAAGAGUUAAUGCAGACCUCUGCACAAGUUUGAAAAGUUAUCUUAAUCAGCUUUGGCUAAAAGGGCUAAAUGCCAAAAAGACCUAUGUGAGGUGCCCUGUUUUCGAGCGCCUAAAAAUACUUACUUAGUUAAAUUUUAUACCUCUUAUUAGAAUGAAUGUUGUUGUUCAUCUUUUCACAUACAUAGUUGAAUUUUUCCCCUAUACUAGUUGAAUGUAGUUGAUGUUCAUCCUUUUCCCCUCUAGUGUGUGCGUUAAUGAUUAGCUUUUCUUAAUAAAGCAGGGCUUGAGAAGUUAAACAACCUACAAUCUAAACAAAUCAUCAUUAUACAUAAGUAGUUGAACUUCAUCAACAUACAACUUCGACUUUCAUCACACAUCCACUUCUGCAUACAGCUUGUUUCAGGAAUGAAUUCGUGAUCGUUGGUUUCAGAAAUCAAGUACUUAGAGGCGACUACUAGACAUUAUAAUCACCAUGCUAGUUGGCAUUAUACACGUUGUAAUCAUGCUUGUAAUCACGCUAGAUCUACUAGAAUUUUCCCAGAUUGGAGGAGAUGUGAUUGUUUCGCUUCGCGUCACUAGGAGUGGCAAUGGAGGAACUCGCCCCUAGACGUACAAUAUGGUUAUAGAUGUACGUAGAAUCUCCCUCUAGACAGAGGAAGGGCAAAGCAGGACAAGCCUUUCUUGUCGAUACCUUCGUAACCGUUCUUCGGUCUCUCGUUGUCGUUCAGCACAGUAAGAAUUCGGUGGCGGAUAUGAAUUCGUGCUGAGUAGCAACAAGGUGC